GCGACGAAAACUGAAGUCGGCGUGAGCUCCGCGUCUCUCUUCUUAUCAGCGGAACCGGAGGCCGUGACGGUAACUGCUGACGCUCGCUGUUGAAGAAGACAACUUUUAAAAGUGUCACAUCAAGCAGAAGUUGGGAAGAAGCAGCAGCCAUAUACUGUAACACCGAGAUGGAUGUGAAAGAGGAGUCCUGUGAGGCCGACAAAAAUACAAUGGAGAUGAGAAAUGUGAGCAUUAAGGAGGAGGACUGUGAUAGAGAGUCUGUUUGUCGUGAACAGGAGAGUCUGUGCAUGAAGGAUGAAGAUUAUGAACUGGUAACUGUGGGCGUUAAAGAAGAGGCUGAGGAGACGUCAGUCAGCAUAGAGACACACACAAGUUCUGAUCGUGUUGACUUCAAGGUGACGUCUGAGUCAGUACAGUCCGACACCGAGAGGACUGAGGACACACCAUCUGUUGGAACUGUGCAGGAUCAACUGUCAUCAUCAAGUUGGUCUGGAAAAAGAGGAAACUCUUAUUGCUGUUCUGAAUGUGGCAAACAAUUUUCUCAUUUAAGAAAGCUCCAGAUUCACAUAAGAAUUCACACUGGAGAGAAACUGUACUGCUGUUCUGUUUGUGGCAAACGAUUCUGUUGCAGGAGUGGUCUUUACGAACACAGUAAAAUACACACUGGCGAGAAGCCAUUUUGCUGUUCUGAAUGUGGCCAUCAAUUUUCGAGACUCGCCGAUCUUCGUAGCCACACAAGAGUUCACACCGGAGAGAAGCCGUAUUGCUGUUCCGAAUGUGGCAAACAGUUUUCACACAAGAACACUCUUAUAAGGCACAUAAUAACUCAUACGGGAGAGAAGCCAUACUGGUGCUCUGAAUGUGACAGACGAUUCUGUACCAACAGUGAACUUCAGAACCAUAAAACAUUUCACACUGGAGAGAAGCCUUAUUCUUGUUCGGAAUGUGGCAAACAGUUUUCAAUAAGUAGGACUCUUCAGAUCCACAAAAGAAUACACACUGGAGAAAAACUGUAUUGCUGUUCUGAGUGUGGCAAACGAUUCACACAAAUCGCCAAUCUGCAGACUCACACAAGGAUUCACACCGGAGAGAAGCCAUUUUGCUGUUCAGAUUGUGGUAAACACUUUUCAGUGAUGAGUGCACUGGAGAUACAUAAAAGGACUCACACCGGAGAGAAGCCAUAUUCCUGUUCUGAAUGUGGCAAACAGUUCAGACAGAUCUCCAAUCUGCAGACUCACACAAGAACUCACACCGGAGAGAAGCCAUUUCGCUGUUCAGAAUGUGGCAAGCAAUUUUCUGAAAGGAGCAGUCUUAAGAAGCACCAAGCAAUCCAUACGGGAGAGAAGCCAUAUUGCUGUUCUGAAUGUGGCAAGCGAUUUUCAGUAAAGAGGGAUCUCCUGGUUCACUCAAGAGUUCACACUGGAGAGAAGCCAUUUUGCUGUUCUGAAUGUGGCAAGCAGUUUUCACAAAAAGGCACUCUACAGAACCACAAAAAAAUUCACAGUAGUCCCGCCCCAAUGAAUAGACAAGACCACACAAGUGUACCUUGCUGGGAAGAAGCAGCAGCAGCAGCCAUUUACUGUAACACCAAGAUGGACGUGAAAGAGGAGUCCUGUGAGGCUGACAUAAAUACAAUGGAGAUGAGGACUGUGAGCAUUAAGGAGGAGGACUGUGAUAGAGAGUCUGUUUGUCGUGAACAGGAGAGUCCGUGCAUUAAGGAUGAAGAUUAUGAACUGGUAACUGUGGGCGUUAAAGAAGAGGCUGAGGAGACGUCGGUCAGCAUAGAGACACACACAAGUUCUGAGCGCGUCGACAUCAAGGUGACGUCUGAGUCAGUACAGUCUGACGCCGAGAGGAAUGAGGACACGCCAUCUGUUGGAACUGUGCAACCGUCAUCAUCAAGUCGGUCUGGAAAAAGAGGCAGACUUCAUUGCUGUUCUGAAUGUGGCAAACAAUUUCCACAAUUAAGAAAGCUUCGGAUUCACACAAGAAUUCACACCGGGGAGAAGCCGUAUUGCUGCUCUGAAUGUGGGAAACGCUUCUGUCGCAAGAGUGAUCUUUAUGGACACAAUAAAAUGCACACCGGUGAGAAGCCGUUUGGCUGUUCUGAAUGUGGCCAUCGAUUUUCAAGACUUGCCGAUCUUCGCACCCACUCCAGAGUUCACACUGGAGAGAAGCCAUACUGCUGUUCCGAAUGUGGUAAACACUUUUCAGUGAAGAGCACACUUAAGAAACACAAAAGAACUCACACUGGAGAGAAGCCGUACAGCUGCUCUGAAUGUGACAGACAAUUCCGUACCAGCAGUGAUCUUCAGAACCAUAAAACAGUUCACACUGGAUUGAAGCCAUAUUCUUGCUCUGAAUGUGGCAAACAGUUUUCGCGAAUGACCAAUCUUCGGAGACACCAAACCAUCCAUACUGGAGAGAAACCAUAUUGCUGUUCAGAAUGUGAUAAACGAUUCUUUAGCAAAAGUGACCUUCAGAACCACAAAACGUUUCAUACUGGAGAGAAGCCGUAUUCUUGUUCUGAAUGUGGCAAACAGUUUUCAAUAAGCAGGACUCUUCAGAUGCACAAGAGAAUACACACUGGAGAGAAGCUGUAUAGCUGUUCGGAAUGUGGCAAACGAUUUGGACAAAUCACCAGCCUUCGGACUCACACAAGAAUUCACACUGGCGAGAAGCCAUUUUGCUGUUCUGAAUGUGGCAAGCGUUUUUCUGAGAAGAGCAGCCUUCAGAAGCACAAAGUCAUUCAUACGGGAGAGAAGCCAUACAGCUGUUCUGAGUGCGGCAAGCAGUUUUCCCACAAGUGCAAUCUUCGAAGACACAAAAUCAUUCAUACGGGAGAGAAGCCAUACUGCUGUUCCGAGUGCGGCAAGCAGUUUUCCCACAAGUGCAAUCUUCAGAGCCACCAAAGCACUCACACAAGAGAGAAGCCGUACUGCUGUCUGGAAUGCGGCAAACAGUUUUCGUUAAAGAAGGCUCUUCUGGUACACACAAGGAUUCACACUGGAGAGAAGCCGUUUUGCUGUUCUGAGUGUGGCAAGCAGUUUUCACAAAAGAGCACUCUUCAGAGCCACCAAAGAAUUCACAGUGGUCACACCACAAUGAACAGACAAGACCACGCAAGCCAGAAAAUGAGUGGACUGGAUGACACACCAGCGGUCAGUUGUAACAAGCGCAGUGUCCGGACCUGUGAGGGAACAUGUGUCGCUGGCUGCCCGAGGGAGCGGGAAUACCUGGAGAAGCUGGCUAUAAAGCAGUCUGGGAGCAGCAGAGAGAUGAAGCAUCUGCCAUUUCCUGUAACUCGCAUGGAGGUGAGCGGGGGGACGUGUCACGUAGGCUUGAAUGACAUGGAGAUCAGGACUGUAACUAUUAAGGAGGAGGAGGAAGAGUGUGAAUGGGAACAUGGUCCGCCUGAACAGGAGAGUCUACACGUUAAGGAGGAGGACUGUGAACAGGGGACGGUGGGCAUCAAGGAAGAGACGGAGGAGAAGCCGCUCGUCCUCCAUAUGGACGAGUAUAACAUUAUAGUGCAGGUCAAGGAAGAAGACCUUCAGUUGGAGUCUGGGGAUCAAGAUGGAGGCAUAAGUGGAUUUGUCUCGCCUCAGAGUCCACCUCCAUCACCAAAUCAUGGUGGAGAAGAUAUACAGGAGGGUCCCAGCUUUUCAUCAACUCUGUCACUUCAAGACAGACCACAAGAAACAGUGCAUGAUGAAAAUAUGAAGGAAUCGACAAAAUCUUCUAAAAGCCAGUCUCAGUACAAAGACAGUCAGUGGAAUCCUACAAGGCAGAAGCCAUACAGCUGCUCUGAAUGUGGAAAACGCUUUUUAAAAAGCAGCCAUCUCAAGAACCACAAAAGAAUUCAUACUGGAGAGAAACCGUAUUUCUGUUCUGAAUGUGACCAAAGAUUCUCCAGCAGCAGCAAUCUUGCUACCCACAUGAGAACUCACACCGGUGAGAAGCCAUACCGCUGUUCUGAAUGUGGCAAAGGAUUCUCUAGAAAAAAUCAUCUUGAGAAGCACAAAGGAAUUCACACGGGUGAAAAGCCGUAUUGUUGUUCCGAGUGUGGAAAAGGAUUCUGUUCUAAGAGUGGUCUUAACACCCACCUGAGAACUCACAAUGGAGAAAAGCCACAUUUCUGUACCGAGUGUGGUAAACGAUUCUCUAAAAGGAACCAUCUUGAGACUCACAGGAGAAUUCAUACGGGAGAGAAGCCAUAUUGCUGUUCUGAAUGUGGCAAAAGAUUCACUGUCAGGAGCAACCUUAACCAACACAUGGGAACUCACGCUAGAGCAAAGACCUAUGCUGGUCAGCUUCAUGUUGUGUCCACUUUGUUUCUCACUGAUGGUCACUCCAAAGGAUUUAAAGCUGCUCACCCUAUCAAUAGCAUUCCCUGUGAUUUAGAUGGUCAUGUGGUCCACCUUCUGCUUCUUCAGGUCUUUGCCCAGCUCCAUGGUUUGCUAACAUUAAGGCCCAAUUGUGUCCUUAAUCAGGAGGUGGACCUCAUCAUCUCUAACACCAAGAUGGAUGGGAGAGAGGAAACGGAUGGGGCUGACAUAAACGCCAUGGAGAUAAGGACUGUGUGCAUUAAGGAGGAGGACUGUGAAUGGGACUCUUCCUACCCUGACCAGGAGAGUCUCGGGAUUAAAGAUGAAGAUUAUGAACUGGUAACUGUGGGCAUUAAAGAAGAGACUGAGGAGACGUUGGUGAGCAUUGAGACGCGCGCUGGUUCUAAGCGUGUCAAUGUGCGGUCCGAUUCAUUACAGUCUGACACAGAGAGGACAGAGGACCUGUCAUCUGUUGGAACUGUGCAAGAUCAACCGUCAUCGUCAAGUUCUGGAAAGAGUAAGUGCAAAUCUUAUUCUUGUUCUGAGUGUGGCAAGCAAUUUCCUCAUUUGAGAAAGCUUCGGAUUCACAUAAGAAUUCACACUGGGGAGAAGCCGUACUGCUGUUCCGUAUGUGGCAAGCGAUUCUGUCGCAGGAGUGGUCUUUACGGACAUAAGAAAAUACACACUGGUGAGAAGCCAUAUUCCUGUUUUGAAUGUGGCCAUCGAUUCACAAGACUCGCCGAUCUUCGCAACCACACAAGAGUUCACACCGGAGAGAAGCCAUAUUGCUGUUCUGAAUGUGGCAAGCAGUUUUCACACAAGUGCAAUCUAAUGAGACACAUAAUAACUCAUACGGGAGUGAAGCCAUACUGGUGCUCUGAAUGUGACAGACGAUUCUGUACCAACAGCGAACUUCAGAACCAUAAAACAAUUCACACUGGAGAGAAACCAUUUUCUUGUUCUGAAUGUGGCAAACAGUUUUCAUUAAGUAGAAGUCUUCAGAUUCACAAAAGAAUACACAGUGGAGAGAAGCUGUAUUGCUGUUCUGAAUGUGGCAAACGAUUCCGACAAAUCUCCAAUCUUCGGACUCACACGAGAAUUCACACUGGGGAGAAACCGUAUUGCUGUUCAGACUGUGGCAAGCAGUUUUCUGAAAGGAGCAGUCUUAAGAAGCACCAAGUAAUUCACACAGGAGAGAAGCCAUAUUGCUGUUCAGAAUGUGGGAAACAGUUUUCCCACAAGUGUAACCUACAGACCCACAAAAGCAUUCACACCGGAGAGAAGCCAUUUGGCUGUCCCGAAUGUGGCAAGCGAUUUUCAGUGAAGAAGGAUCUCGUCGUGCACUCAAGAAUUCACACGGGAGAGAAGCCGUUUUCCUGUUCUGAAUGUGGUAAGCGGUUUUCACAAAAGAGCAAUCUGCACAGCCACAGAAAAAUUCACAGCGGCGCCACAACAAUGAACAGAUAAGACCACACUAUAAGGGUACUGCGAGUGAGGAAAUGAGAGGACUGGACCAGCAAUCAGUUGAAGAUGAGCUCAUGUACUGUUAGGUUUAUGCAACAAAUCCUGAAUUUCCAAAUGGAGGAUAUGCCAGGAGGGCUCGUACUCACUGGAGGCCAAAACCGUAAUCCCUACAUGCAAAUAAAGUACAAUAGCCGAGCUUUAAUUGGAAACAUUGUAAGUAAGCAAAUAAGUCAAUAGUGAUUAGAGUGAAAAGAAAUUAAUACAGGAAAGUAGCAGCAUUUAUACCACCAUUAAUGCUAAAUUGAGUAGAGGGGGAAUAAAAGAAAAUGACAUAGCCGAAAACAAAAUAAAAGAUCAAACGAAAGAAACAUCAACACGUUGACACUCCACGCUGGAUGAAAUGAAAUAAAGAUUCUCUACGGAAUGGGGGCAUUGAAUUGGGGUCCUUGCAGAAUUCCAACACGUGAACCUCUGGAGUUGUGUCUUAACACAAGACAACUGCAGCUUCACAAUGACAAACUCCGAAUGUAUUUAGAAGCCUAAAAGUUAUAAACGGAAAAACACAGACCCUUAAGUCCUAUAGAAUACUAAAUGGGGGCCACCUUGUGAUAACUUUUGCCACCAGGCACAAAAGAAACUUAAGAUUUUGGAGGAAAAAGAAAAGUAUAUGAAGAUUCCCCAAGAAUGUAAUGAAGAAGCGGCCUGGAUAAGCAAACUACAGAUGUGGGCAGAAAACCCAACCCCCUGCCAUUCCAUUUCUUUUCAUUUGUGAUGGUUGAAGAAUCUGAAAUCAAACUCGGAACUUCUGCUAAGUGGAAGACGCCCGUUGUAGAGGCUGCACCUAAGUUGUGACUAUGGCACCUCGCCACCCUGCACUGGGUUAUGGCAGAGUGUAAAGAUAAGAGAAUUUACAGAUGUCUACACCAACAAUAGUGGAACCGAAUGAGAAAUAAAUGGAGGUCAAGUGACACAAAAGACCAACUGCUAGUAGUUAACUAAAGCCAGUGUCGCAUUAGGUGACUUCUAGUGAUGGGGUGUGUCCGAUUUGCCCACCUCCAGUGCUUAUCUCAUCACUGGACCAUGCCAGUUUGAACAUCACUGCCCGUGUCAGGUUUACUGACUUAAGUGCUGACCUUCUGGCUCAGUCCUCUUAUCUCCUUUUUCUGACCGAGGUGGCACAGUCUGAAGGCUUUACAGGUAUGGCGAGUUCAGCCACCUUCUCUUUGUUUCCAUUCCAUCGUGGUACACAAAACAAUCCUCCUCCAUCAUCAGACACACCAGCUUCUCCUCUGUUUGUGAGGUUUGAAACCCCUGCCUUUAUUCCUUCUUUGUAUUGUACUUCUGGAUGCGCAUUCAAUUAGUUGUCAGCACACAAAGCCACCUCUAUGACUAAAGACAAAAUCAAAACUGUUUGAGGGGGGUGAGCUGUGGACUCAAUGGAGGGAGUCAUUGGACAAGUCACAUCACAUGACCACACAACCAGCCCCGGGUUCACUGAGAUUACAUAAAUGCAGGUCAUAACUGCAAAUCGCUGGAAACAUUACUUAAUGUGGCAAAGGCCUGAAGAAAUCCGUGGAGCUGCAAGAAAGGCAGAACGCUUCUGUGUUAUAAAAGAGCCAGGACUGUAGUAUUGUGCCACCAGGCUGGAUCAUCGGAUGGAUGGAAUUGUGUCACGUCUGCCCAUUCUGAUCAAUUUCACCAGCACCCUUGUGCACUUUCAAACACAUUUAUUGUGACAAAGGACGGAUCACAGUAACACGAGGGCAUAUCAAGGAGACACGUGAUCUCCGCUCUACUUGUGCAUCGCGUUAACACCCCUAACCUGUAACCUUGCCCGUAGGUUAAUGUCCUCUCUUGAAAUCAACUGAACCCUCAAGUAUUUUUUUAGUGGAUGACCUAAAGCUAUACAUCCUCCAGCCAACUGGCACAUAAAAGAGCUGUGCUUGGUGAAAGUGUUUGUGAAUCGCACCUGCUUUGACAUUUUAGGCCUCAAGCAAGUUAAACUAAGCAAAUGAACAUCCGCCAUGAUCGAGAAUUGGACCAGACAACACGUACAAAUACUUGGGUAUUAAUGAAGGAAUAGAUCUAAAAGAAAAUAUUAGGCACUAAGGCAGAAAAUCCACGUUUUGGUUCCUAACUGCCCACACAAACAAAGCCCUAAACUAAACCAGCAGGCCCCCUGUCUUGACAGUCUGUGUGCGAGUCCAAAGCUAUCUUUGGAUAAACUGGGCACUAAAACUAGAAAACCACUGCAUGGGCACGAACUUAGUACCAGUGAUAUCCACACGACUGUGAACUGCAGGCCAUAAUGACCAAAUACUGCACUGGCAGUGGCUGGCUACUUUUGUGGGGUAACUAGCAGCUUGUUUUAACGUUGCCUUAAUUCAUCCAGUCCACUUUCCCACCUUCUAAUCCCUUCCAAUUAUCUUAACGCGCACACAGUUUCAGUUACAAUGAGACGCGCUUGCCAGAGUCGGCUUUUGGUAAAGUGCCUCUCGCUGCAAAACCAAGAAUCCAUAUAAUGAUGUUCUUUCCACCUAGAAAUACAGGGGGUGCUUCCCUUACUCCAACUCCAACGCCCUCGAUUUUGGUUCUGCAGCGAGUACUUGGACACUUUGAGGUCCGUUGAUUUAGACUCAAGUAUCGUAUAAAUGAAAGUCCGUGUUAUUUGGACAGAUGAGAUGAUGACAGUUGGCAGGCCACACCACACUGGUGGAGU